AUGUCUGACGAGAAGACUCGCCGCCACUGGCACGGGACGGCCGGUGACAGACAUGAACAGCUCAAUGUUUGGAUGAAUGGUGGAGCGAAGGCUCCCAGUUCACGCGCUCCUUGGGCUAUGGCGCCUGGUACGGAGUCCCCAUCUGGUAGAAAAGACUCAACAACCUCAAAUAACUCCAAUUCAAAUGCCUCCCCAACAAUCCCAAGCCUCGGCGAACGACGUCGCUCCAGCGCCAGCUCUGGCGGUGGCCUCUUCGCCAACCUGCAAUCCCAGAAACGAGACUCUACAAGCCCCGACAUGGCUACUCGUCGUGCGAGCUGGAAUGAGCAGGCUGCCAAGGGCGGUCCGUUUUCGAAGUGGUGGGAUGGGUACAUGCGUGGUAACAAGUAG